AAUGAAUAGUGAAACUGGAUUGUAUUUCUGUCUUUUUGGAGUACUAUUGACUGAUAGAAUUAUUUCUGCUUAUGAAAACGUAGCAAUAAACAAGACUGCCUGGCAGCAGUAUCCGUAUCCUGGCCAGCCAUGGGGAGCGGAUAAAGCAGUGGAUGGCCGGUUUUCAAACCGGUCACAUCAUGGAGGACAAUGUACAAUAUCUAACAAUAAAAAACGAACGGCAAUCUGGCGGGUGGAUUUAGGACGAGUGCUCAGUAUACAUCAUAUCACUAUCUAUUACAGGACGGACAAUAUUCCAUGGGAUUCAAGCAAUGAUUACACAGCUCGAUUCCUUGGCUUCUCUAUUUACAUAUCGAACACAACUAACAAAGAUGAAGGAAUUUUAUGUUUUAAAGACACAAACUAUACAAGGGCCAUAAUACCGGAAAAUGUAACGAUAGAAUGUGUAAAACAUGGACAGUACGUCAUUUACUACAAUGAGAGACGCCCAGGAGUUACCUACCCUGAUGGAUAUUCCAUGUACGCAUUCAACGAGCUAUGUGAAGUUGAAGUUUAUGGAUGUCCUUCCUCAGGGUUUUAUGGAAACAAUUGUUACUUACCCUGUCCACUAAACUGUCAAGAGGGUUAUUGUAACAUUGUAAGUGGAUCUUGUAUGGGGUGUAUUACAGGUUUUAAAGGUCCACGAUGUGAGGAGCAAUGUGAUAAUAAUCGAUAUGGCUUUGAGUGUAACCUCACCUGUGGUAACUGUAGCAAUGGAGAACAAUGUAAUCAUGUGAAAGGAAGUUGUCCAAACGGAUGUGAUGUCGGUGCUCAAGGAGAUACAUGUGACGAAGCUUGUCCAUUUGAUAGACACGGAGAGAAUUGUGUUGAGAUCUGUAAACCAACCUGUAGAGGAGGCUGUAACAGAUUCACUGGUGCCUGUGAGUUUGGAUGUAACGCUGGAUGGAAAGGAACCUUCUGUGAAAAUGAAUGUGAUGGGUGGUUUUACGGUGCAGAAUGUAGCAUCUCAUGUGGUUCUUGUUUAAAUUUCGAACAAUGUCAUCACAUCAAUGGAACAUGUUUCGGAGGAUGUGACAGAGGAUUUCAGGGAGAAAGAUGUACAGAAGAAUGUUCUGAAGGACGGUAUGGCUAUAAUUGCCAGGAAACGUGUAACAUCAACUGUGGAGUCCCUGGUAGAUGUAACAGAGUAACAGGACAAUGUCAAGGCGGAUGUCAGGAGGGGUGGAAAGGGACGAGAUGUGAUCAGAAAUGUGACGGUGGUACGUUUGGGCUAAACUGUGCACAGUCAUGCGGGGUUUGCCUCGAUAAAAAACAAUGCCAUCACAUAAACGGGACUUGCUUGAAUGGCUGCGAUAAAGGUUAUCAAGGAAUUAAUUGUACACAGGUGUGUCCAGAAGGAUUUCAUGGAUACAACUGUCAGGAGACAUGUAGCAUCACUUGUAGAGAUCCAAAGAAUUGUGACUCCAUAUCAGGGCAAUGUAGUGUGAUAGGACAUGCGUCAGACUGUGAUACAAACAGUCAGUGCUAUCCAUCUCUUUACGGUGUUAUAUCAACUCUUUGUUUAAGCAUUGCUUUAAAUAUAUUUUCCGCAAUCUGGAUUUUCAGAAAUAGAGCAUGUAAUGGACAGAAUCAAGAAAAGAAAAACAAGAAACAGUUGUCCACAGAGCAAACAACAUCUAACACAGAGAUCUAUGACAAAGUAGAAGACAACGCAGGUUACCAGGAACUGUGUCAAAUAAGUCAGCCUUCCAACUAUGACAAGUUACGUUAGCGGUAACUCGCAGAAAAUAAGUCCUCUUAUUGUCUGUGUAAUUAAUUCAAUUUGUAUCCCUUUACUAAAUAAAAAAAAGCUUUCAAAUGAUACAUUUAUUGAUGAUACCAGUCAAUGUACACGUGAAGCAAGAAAUUACAUGCAAAUGGAAGGUAGCAUUUUAACAAACUGUUAUAAUUAUUCAAUAAAAUUUCAAAUUCCAA